AUGCAAGCACUAGAUAUAUCUUAUAACAUAACGAACAACGAUACUGGACGAGAUGGUUUACAAUGCGAUCUUUAUCUCAAUAUUUCUGCUACCUAUCGAGAACAGCAUCAGUUAACUCAAGCACGUGAAAUAAGCGAUCGGUCUAAGAAGAUUGCUAUUGAGCUAGAAGAUCAAAUUCGCCUGGCGUUGUGUUUAGAUGAUCUUGGUGAAAUAAGUAGAAUGCAAAAAUUGUAUAAGGAAGCAUUUCAAUGCUAUGAUGAAUCUCUAAAAUUGAAAUCGGAAAUAUCCAAUGGUGAGAAUAUGAUGGUUGCGGAUAGUUAUUACGGCAUAGGCAAUGCCUAUUUCGAUCAAUUCAAACUUAGCGAUGCUCUAUCUGUGUAUAAAAAAUGCCUCAAUAUUCGAUCAAAUGUUUUAAAUAUUGAAAAUCUAGACAUUGCUGAGGUAUUACAUAGUAUUGCUAGUAUUUAUGCGGCAGAGUUUAAAUUCGAAGAUGCGUUAUCUUUGUAUCAAAAAGUUAUUGAUAUUCGAUUGAAAGAGUUGGGCGAUUGCAGCUUAAAAAUAGCUUGUUCUUAUGACAGUGUAGGACAAGUUUACUUGAAUCAAUGUAAAUAUGAUCAGGCAUUAUCUAUAUUUGAGAAAUCUCGAAAUAUUCGUUUGAAUAUACUAGGGGGUCAAAGUAUGGAAAUGGCACAGUCCUAUUGUAACGUGGGAAACAUUUAUACUGCUCUAUGCAGAUAUAAUGAAGCUUUAGUAAUGUAUAGGAAAUCGCUCAAUCUUAGACUGGAAUUCCUUGGUAGUACUCACGUAGAGGUGGCCAAUCUUUAUUGCAAUAUUGGAAAUGUUUUAAUCCAACAGUUUGAAUAUCGUGAAGCCAUAUCUAUGCAUCAAAAUGCACUCACAAUUCGACUGCAGUUACUGAAUAUCAAUAGUAUAGAAGUAGCUGAUUCCUAUAAUCAUAUUGGAAGAAUUUACUCAGAACAGUUGAAACAUGAAGAUGCCUUAUCUUAUGCUCGAAAGUCUUAUGAUAUCAAAGCAGAUAUUUUAGGAAACAAUAAUAUUUAUGUGGCCCAAUCUCUUUAUAGCAUAGGAAAUAUUUAUAAUCGCCAAUCAGAUUAUUAUAAUGCUCAUUUAAUGUAUCGAAAAUCUCUAGAUAUACACUUACAAUUAUUCGAAAAGGACCAUUUAUUAAUUGCAACUUCAUACAAUAAUAUUGGUCAUAAUUUUUUGAGUCAAUUUAAGUACGAAGAGGCUAUAGAAAUGUUUGAAAAAGCUUUGAAGAUCCGAUUGCAACUAUUAGGCGAUAAUAAUCUACAAACUGCUCAAUCAUUUAACUACAUAGGCCUUGUUUAUACCAGACAAUCUAAAUAUAAUGAAGCCUUAUUAAUGUUUGAAAAGUCCUUAGCUGUCAAAUUAGUUACGUUAGGACGUACCCAUUUGGAAAUUGCCGUUUCCUAUGUCUAUAUAGGAAAUAUCUAUUCAUUACAAUCGAGAUAUGAAGGUGCCUUAGCCAUGUAUCAGAAGUCUUUAAAUAUCAGAACUGAAUUAUUAGGGAAUAAUAAUUUGUUGGUGGCUGCAUCUUAUAAUAGCAUUGGAAUCAUAUUUUCUCAUCAGAAUAAAUACGACGAUGCUCUCAUAAUGCAUAGGCAAUCGUUAAAGAUUAGAUCGGAAAUUUUAGGUAGUACAAACUCGAAAGUAGCGGAAUCGUUAAAUGAUAUUGGACUUAUUUACUGCUAUCAAUCUAAAUAUGAAGAUGCUUUAUCAGCAUAUCAGAAAGCUUUAAAAAUUCAAUUAGAGGUAUUACCUCAGGAUAGCUUAGAAAUAGCUACUACUUAUAAUCAUAUAGCAACGAUCAACAAUUUACAAUCUAAGCAUGAAAAUGCACUUUUGAUGUAUGAAAAGUCUCUAUACAUUCGAGUAAAACUAUUAGGAGAAAAUAGUUUACAAGCAGCGGAAUCAUAUAGCGAUAUUGGUAAUGUUUACACAAAUCAGUCUAAAUUUAAUGAGGCCCUAUCUAUGUUCGAAAAAUCGCUAGAAAUCCGUUUGAAAAUAUUACCACGAGAUCAUUUAGAUAUCGCGAUGUCUUAUGCCAACAUUGGAGUUAUCUUUUCUCAUCAAUCAAAAUAUAACGAAGCCUCUGCUAUGUAUCAGAAAUCUUUAGAUAUUCGACUAAAAGUAUUAGGCGAUACUAACAUCCAUACAGCUUCUUCUUAUGGAGAUAUUGCAUUAAUACAUUGCUAUCGAUCACAAUAUGAUAAAGCUCUAGCGACGUAUCAGAAAUCAUUGGAUAUUUUAAAGAAAGUAUUAGGCAAUUAUAAUAUCCAUGUUGCUAAUUCCCAUCAUAAUAUCGGUAAUGUAUAUAAAAAGCAGCAUAAGUAUCAAGAUGCACUGAGUAACUAUAAUGAAUCACUUACCAUUCGUAAAAAGAUAUUAGGUGAUAAUCAUGUGGAUAUUGUUGGCUCCUAUACAAAUAUAGGGGAUGUUUAUUCGUUACAAGCGGAUUACGACGAAGCUUUAACAAUGUAUAAUAAAGCAUUAACGAUACAAUUAGCUGUACUUGGAAGUGAAAAUCUAGAAGUUGCAGUUUCAUUCGAAAACAUCGGCGAUGUUUUCUAUCACCAGCACAGAUAUGCAGAUGCAUUGAUAAUGAGUAAAAAAUGCUUAGCUGCUCGAUUAAGCAUUUUCGGCGAGAAUAAUUUAGAAGUUGCAGAUUGCUAUAAUAAUAUAGGCAAAAUUUAUUGUAGUCAAAAAAAAUAUGAAGAAGGAUUGUCCAUGUAUCAGAAAUCAUUAAAUAUUCGUUUGGAAAUUUCAGAAGAGAACAAUUUGGAUGUUGCUGAUUCCUACAAUCGGAUUGGACAGGUAUAUUGUCACCAGCAUAAAUACGUUUAUGCGCUGGAUAUGUAUCAUAAAUCACUUCAAGUUCGACUGGAAGUAUUGGGAGAAGAAAAUUUACAAGUUGCCAAUGUACAGAAUAAAAUUGCUAAUACCCACUUUCGCUUAGGCCAAUUUAAUGAUGCCCUAAAUAUGUAUCAGAAAUCGCUUAAUACACGAAAAAAGUUGUUAGAGGAUUGCCAUAUAGAGAUACUUAACUUAUAUACUAAUUUGGGUAGCGUUUACAGGAAAUUAUCUAAAGUUAAAGAGUCUAUAGCAAUGUAUGAGAAUGUUCUCAAAAUCCAAAUUAAACUAUAUAAACGGAAAGAUUCCAGGAUUUCUAAUACUCAGGAGAUUUUAGCGAGAUUGAAGCAGAAGCAAAAUACUUCUUCAUUUCCGCUUGGCCAGUUAUCCUCUAUAAUCCGAUAUAAUAUCGGACAACGUUGCACUAGUCAACCUCAAACCUCAACUGUUCAAAUCGAGUCUGCAAUUAAAUCACAAGGUUUAAUUUCCAUUUUAUAA